CUGCGCCCCUCGCUUUCGAAUAAACAUCUGCUGUGACGUACUGGACGGACUACUUGUCAAUUCAGCCACCAGCUUCCACACAACCUGGAAGUGCUUCUUAGGCUUGCUCAUUCACGACGUCCAACUUAUUCUGCACGCGACAGAAAUUCAUCUUCAGACGAAUCUGCCAUUUGCGGUAUGCGGUGCACACCACCAGGCACCCGCUUUCUGCACCAUGGCUUCACCCAAAUUCGGAGGAACGGCGGAGAGAAUGCCUGCGGCUGAGCCAAUUCUCACGCGGCUUUUUGUCGCUCCCAUACUCUUCGUCUCAUUUCUAUUGUCGUUGUUCCUCAUCGACCGCCAUACUUAUGGCAGAAUAUUCUCCAGCGCCGACACUAAACCAGACUAUUAUCACUCGCACCAGCGCAAACUGGCAAAAGCCGAAGUCAACGAGGCCUUCUUGCUGCGCCGCAAGGUCAUAACUGGCCUCUGUAUUAUUGGCGCUGUGUCUCUCGCGUUACUAGCUUGGGCUGUUGAGUCCAUUUGGAGGAUAUGGAGGGUCUGAGAAGGAUAUGAAUGGAAAUCUCUCAGGUCGCAGGAGAUCUUGAUUGUAUAAUUCGGUUCAUCUUGGCCAUAGGCUCACUUUUCGGGGGCGUCUGAUGGGGUUUAGAGUCAGUUCAAUCAUCUUGGAAAACGCUGUUGUAUGUUGCUGCAACAAUAAAGACUUACCAGGGAGUCUUUCAAUCACGUAUUUUCCUCGAGCCACCGACAUGAUCGGCACACCAGGAAUUUUGCGUAUCCGUCGCUUUAGAUCUCUGUCGUUAGUCGCCACAAUGUAAAUCUUGUGUCUC